AUGCUUCUGAGCAAUUCCAUCCGUUUGCAAUCCGAUUACCUGACAUCACAUCGGAUUCUGCAAAUUAGUAUGAAUAUUAUACAAGCAAUUCAAUCUUUGCACCUGAAUAAUAUAGUCCAUGGAUCAAUAAAUACCGAUGCUGUUAUUCUACUUAUUUCGCCGAAGGAACCGAUUACCGCCUUAUUAGGCAAAUUUUCAAAUACGACGAUAUUUAAAAACGAUCUUCAUGAAAAGUACAGAAAUCGAUACCGUCAAUUAAUGAAAACAGAUAUUUCUGACUUUGCAUUAUUGUGCAAUGAAUUAAGUUCAUACUGCCAAACGCAAAUCGAUCAAAUCAAUGAGAGCCAAUUGCAACCAGAUAAAGUGAUGCAAGCUAGCGAAGGUAUUGAAUCUUGGAGAUCGGUAAACGAAAAAUUACGUAUUGUCAAAGAUGCCAUCGAUGAUCAAUUACAGGAAAAUAGAGAACCAAAGCAAAUUUUAGCUGAUCUAUGGGCCAUUACUAGUGGUGACUAA